AUGGAAAACUCUCCCAGCGACUCCAUCAUGAAAAUGGAUGAUUCCAAGAAUCAUCAACAUCAGGAAGAUUGGGAUCUUGAACAAGCCCCCCAGCGCAAAUCCUCCGGUAUCUUCAACGUCUUCAUCGCCGGUCUCGCCCUUGCCAGUGAUGGCUACAAUGCCCAUUCCAUUGGCUACAUGAUGCCUCUCUUCACCAAUCUCUACAAAUAUGGCAUGUCCUCCACCAUCAAGGCCCGUCUCACCAACUCCUACUUGAUCGGCGAGAUCUUCGGCAUGAUCUUCUUCGGCAUCCUGAUAGAUCGCGUCGGCCGUCGAACCGGUAUUCUGGCCACCACUCUCUUCUUGGUUCUGGGCCUGGUCCUGUCCACCGCCUCUCACGGAACCUCCGAGCUGGGAAUGUUCUGGAUGAUGAUCGUCGCGAGAGGCAUUGCUGGCUUCGGAGCUGGCGGCGAGUAUCCCGUCUGUGGAACCAGUGCCACCGAGGCCGCCGAUGAGUCCCAUGGCCUGCGUCGCCGUCGGGGAUUUCUUGUCGCCAUCACCACUGAUACAGCCUUGGAUUUGGGUGCCAUUGUUGCCGGAAUCGUCGCUGUCAUCGUUCUGGCCGCCUACAAUCACCAUAACUCGGAGGGCAUCUGGCGCAUUUGUUUCGGUUUGGGCUUCAUCCUCCCAAUCGCGGUUUGCUUCUUCCGAAUCCGCAUGCUCAACUCCACUCAAUAUCGGAAACAUGCCAUUAAGUCUAACUACCCCUACAUGCUGGUCCUCCACCGCUACUGGAAGCCCAUGCUUGGAACAGCCCUCGCUUGGUUCUGCUAUGACUUCGUCACCUACCCAUUCUCCCUUUUUUCCUCGACCAUCGUGCAGCAAUUCAACCCCAAGAACACCGCUAUCCAGAAUGUUGGCUAUGGGUAUCUGCAGACCGUCAUCAAUUGCUUCCAGCUUCCUGGUUGUUUCCUCGGCGGAUACUUGAUGGAUCGCAUUGGUCGCAAGCAGACUAUGGCCCUGGGAUUUUUCCUCUGGGCUAUCUGGGGAUUCAUCAUUGGAGGCGCCCUGCAUCCCAUUCAAUCUAUCUUCCCACUCUUCGUGGUGAUGUACGGUAUUUUCCAGGCCCUGGGUGAGAUGGGACCCGGAGUUGCAACAUUCCUAUGUGGCUCGGAAUCGUUCCCGACUCCCCUUCGUGGUCACUUUCUGGGAUGUGCGGCCGCGGUAGGAAAGGCUGGGGCCUCGAUUGGUAUUGAAGUGUUCGCGCCCAUUCAACACCGCUUCCACACGACGCAGAAAGGUCAACAGGCUGUUUUUCUCAUCGGCUCUGCCUUUUGUAUCGUCGGUGCCUUGAUCACUUGGUUUCUCGUCCCGGAUAUGUCUCGAGAACUUGAAACCGAGGACGCCCGCUUCAAGGCAUAUCUGGAGGAGAAUGGAUACGACAUCACUUCGUACGGAGAGGAACAGUUGAUCGUCCAGCACAAGUAG